AUGAAGAGGGUAAAAGCAACAUUCUUUAAUGUUGUUGUUGACACAACCACUGAUUUCUUAACUGAUAGGUUUGAAACACUGGAUGAAGUGAGAGGCAGAUUUGGAGUGCUGCUCAGUUUCCUAAAACUGGAUGAUCAGGCAUUGAGCAACCAGUGUGGCAACCUCUGCAUGACAUUAAGCAUUGGAAAUGAAAGUGACAUUGAUGCAAAAGAACUGGCUGUGGAAGUCAAAAACUUGCCAAGCUUACCCUCAGAUGACAUGAGUGCUCUUGAGCUCCUCACCUUUAUCCACAAAAAAAAAAAAAAAAAAAAAAAAAAAAAACAUUUGGAGGAACUUUAUCCCAAUCUGUGGGUUGCACUGAGAAUUGCCUGCACUCUGCCUGUGACUGUGGCGGCCUCAGCAGCAGAGAGGAGUUUCUCAAAGCUGAAGCUCAUCAAGACCUAUCUAAGCUUUUCCAUAGGAAAGGAUCGACUCACUGGUCUUGCAAUAAUCAGCUUCAACCAUGAGGUGGGCAAACAGGUGUCAUAUGAGGACAUCAUUGAUGACUUUGAGAGUAAAAAAGCUAGGAAGCAGACGUUUUGA